UUCAUCUGUGUGUGUGUGGAAAUUUUUCACUUGAUCGUAAAGAUUGAAGAAAAACUGAAAAAAUGGACGUAAAAAUUCCAGAUCCUAAUGAAAAAAAGAAAGGCAAUAACGGGAGUUGCCUAUUUUGGGUCAUCAUUUAUACACUUUUUGCCGUUUGCGUGCUCAACGUCUUCCUGACUCUGUAUCUCAUAAGUGUUUUUGAGAUUGGCAAGGGAAUGCGAUACAUAGAGGUUGUCGACACGGACGUGAUGAAUUUCUAUGGAAGCGUUGACUUGGACGAGUUGAACAAGCUGGAUGGUCUUUUGGAGGGAUUCAACGAGCCAUUCGAAAUGGGAAACGACAAGGAGCCUCUAAGUAUCAAUCUUAUAUCGCGCAUCAAUUCAGUUCACAACAAGUUCCGACAAGAAGCCAGUGGCACUGUUAUCCAGGGAAUAUCUAAUUUUGAGGUUCACCAUCCGGCAACAGAAGAUGAGGAGCACGAAGAGGUUUUCAAUGCACAAAGACCAUCAUUCAAUUUGGUCGAGCCAGUGGAAAAGGCCGUGGCUGAUGUGAUGUACAUGACUGGAAAAAUAUCCAGUGGCACAGACGAAAAGCUCGGCGUACUGGCGCGACAAAAGCUUGAAGUCAAAGGAAGUGAGGGACUCUUGAUCAAAGGAAGAGAUAUUCUUUUGUCUGCAGACAAAAAUUUGAAUAUCACUUCGGAAAACGGUUCGAUCAGCUUGCAAGGAAAGGAAGGCGUCUUUAUAGAUAUUGAACAUUUUCCUGUUGCAGAUAUCGAGAAUGGAUUGCGCCGAACACACGUUCAAUACAAGAUGUGCGUCUGUUUCCCCACGGGACGACUCUUUAGAGUUCAAGCAAGGAACAGAGACAGUGGAUGUUAUAUUCCGCAGUAUGCCUCAAAUCCUUGCAUUUAAAAAAAAUGAACAAUUUAUUGGAAGAAGUAGUAUUUAGAAGUGUGUUUGUCUAAUAAUAAAUAAAAAAACUGAGUAGAAGAGAAACAGUAGUCGAUAAAUAAAAAUUAAAUA